GUAACAUAAGGCAUCUUGGUAAGUGGAACUUUGUUUUACUCACUAUAGGUACAAUACAACUACAAUGAACAUUAAGCUGUUGAAAGCACAGGGACUUACUUUACCGUUGUUUUCUUCCAAUAUCUCUUUUUUAUUUUUUUUAUUUCCUAGUCCAAGCUUGAAUUUCCUGGUUAUCCUGUGUUACUAAGAUUCUUUUGGGAUCAGCCAAGAUCAGCAUUUCCACCUAGUCAUUCCUAGCUUUUUAAGAUUUUUAUUUAUUAGGUUUUUUUAAUAGCUACCAAAGUACUUUAUAGGUAAUACAUUUAAGGGAAGAAUCUUUAACAAAACUGUGAAUACAAGUAGUCCUUGUUUAGUGACUGCUUCAUUUAGUGCCAAAUUGCAGCUACAGUACAAUGAUGAUGAAAAAGCAGUUUUGCAACCAAUACCCACAUUUACAAUCUUUGCAGGUCUGUAAAGCAAAAAAAAAGUUGAAAUAAGAUCAUAAUCGUAGUUGCACUUUCACUUAGCCAUCGCUUUGCUUAACAACUGAAUUGCAGGUCCUAAUUGGAAUCAAUAAAAAAAGGAUUACUUAUAUUAUUAGUUCUAAUCAGCCAAGACUGCCAAAUCAACUUUCACCCUUCCCUUCCUUGCUCUGCCUAUUUUACUGGACUUUUAAUCUUGUGUGAGUUGUUUGUGAAUCAGACAGACUUGCUAGCUUACCAAACUCACUGGAACAAAUAUCUUUAUGUGGCAAUACUACAAUUGUUGGGAUUCAUCUUUCAGCAAUUUUAGGGCAUAGCUCUAUCUCCUUUUUCUCACAUUACAACCAAUGAAGAAAAACAAAAUGCAUCAAUUAUUUGCAUCCAGAUGUUCCUCACGCAAGAACCUUUGCGAAUGUCCUCAAGAGGGCAGCAAACGUCAACGCAAGCUUGCAUUGUGGGUUGCAGCCAUCCGUAAAGGCCUCUGAGGUAAGAGGGUCUUGUGACCACACCAAUGUGACCAGAUGGCACAGCACUCCUCUCCCUCCCCCCCACUCCUCAGCAGCGCAACAAUCAAUCCUCUUAAGACGUCUAAUGACUGCCAAAGCCGCUGAUCAAACAGAAAUCAUGACAGACCUGCUGGAUCAGUCUGAGAACAAUCUGCUCGAAUGCAAAGUGUGCUUUGAAAAUUUUAACCCCGAGAAAAAACAUCGGCCGAAGAACUUGCCAUGUGGGCAUGUGAUGUGCCUGGAGUGUGUCAUGUCUCUGGCCCACCCUCGGAAUUUCAGGCUGGAGUGCCCUUUCUGUCGCAGGGCUUGCAAAGCCUCAGAGACCAGCGACUGCUUGCCGUUGUUGCACCUGAUGGAAAUCUUGAGUCCUUCAGCCAUUCGGACUCCAGUUGCUGGAAGGACAGUAGGGAGACGGGAGGCUGUGGCUGCCCCUGGAUCUCAGGUCUUUACCUUUCAUCUUUCUUUCGGAGGCUGGGGGACGCUGAUCAACCCCACGGGACUGGCUGUGUGUCAGAGCUCCAGCUGUUUAGCGGUAGCCCACGAUGGCAAGAAACGAAUCAAGCUGUUUAGUUUCAGUGGCAGCUGCCUACAGCAGUUUGGAGAAAGAGGGCAAUCGGGAAAUGACCUCAGGUACCCAACUGAUGUUGCGGUCACGCUGGAUGGCCAUAUUGUGGUCACAGAUAGCGGGGAUCGUUCGGUCAAAGUGUUCGAUUGUGAUGGCAGAGGCAAGAUGGUCAUCGCAGAGUCCUUUUCCUUGCCGUGGGGACUUGACACCCUGCCACAAAACGACAUCCUUAUGACCGAUUCGGAGGCAGGUGCUCUGUACUGCUUGUCAGCUGACUUUAAAAAGGGAGAAUUAAAGGGAGUGAAAAAGUUGUACUCUAGCCUGUGUUACCCAAGGAAAGUGGCUGUUUCGCCAGUUUCUGGAGCCAUCGCUGUCAUCGAACACUUGAUGGCCAGAGGACCUUGCUACGGCAAUACCAGGCUGAAAAUCUUCAACAGAGACUUGCAGCUAAUCAGUCAGGUGGAUAGUUUUGGCCUGCAUCUUUUCUUCCCUUCCAAAGUCCAUGCCAGUGCUGUGACCUUUAGCAGGGAAGGGCAAGUAAUAGUAACUGAUGCUUAUAACCAAGCCGUUUUCUCUCUUGGAAAACCUGAAGAAUUCCCUAUGUGUACACCAUUGAUAACUCAGGGCCUUUCCUAUCCUUUGGCAUUAACUUUCACAUCUGAUAAUUCUCUAGUCAUUUUGGAUGGGGGCGAUCAUUCUUUAAAAAUAUAUACUCUCAGCUAAACCGUGGUCUCUGGGUGGUACUCAACUAGCUCACAAUUUCAAGGAAGAAUAUACAAAAUGCUUAAUUCUCCGGCUGGUGGGUUUGAGUCUUCCCUGGCUUAGCUGUAAUGGAUUUCCGCUCAAACAAGUUGAGACAAACUUAGCUCUGCAGUUUUUUAUCUCCCUCCCCGAAUGGAAGGCGUGUUAAUUUAUUUCUGAGUUAAACUGCACCGCAAAAUGAUCACCCCUACUAGAAUUAACAUAGUAAAAUGUAUGGAAUCAUGUGCAACCUACUUUGAAACUAUAUAUUUAGUUCUGGAUAGGAUGAAUUUCUCUUUGGGUUAUUGAUGGUACGAAGCCAUUCUGUUUGAUCCUUUCACCAGAAAGUUAGGGUUUCUUAAAACAAAAUAAACGAUUCUUUUAUUUUCUACAUUAGAAAACAAUUCUGAUUUCUGUUCAUUUUCCUAACCCGAUGCCCUCCAGUUACGUUGAACUUGCCAAUCAUAUUAUUUCUAAUCAAUUGACUGAGAUUCUGGAAGUUGAUAUUUAAAUUUGUAAAUUGAGAAAUAUAUGGAGCCACAUAUGACCUACUAAAUUUCUAAAUUUAGAAAGGCUGGUAUAUAACCAAGA